AUGAGUAAAACUACUCUGUUUGUUCGUGGCUUUAGUCCUGAUACUAGUACAGUCACACUCUCCAGUCUGUUUGAAAAGAUCGGGAAAACUAUUCGAUGUGAUUUUCCCAACCGUCGUGGUCCACAUGGUGCCUCGUCAUUUGCAUUUGUCGAGUAUAAAGACCCACAAGAUGCACAGGAUGCAUUUGAUUCACUGAAUGGAAAAGAAGUUGACGGAAAGAGUCUUGUUAUUGAGUGGGCAAAAACACCACUAUCUGAUCGUCGACCUGGAGGAAGUAGCCAAAGAGAUCGUGUACGGGAUAGAGAUUAUGAUCGUGACAGUUACCGCCGUGAAGAUUACAGAUACGAGUCUCGUAGCAGCCGAUAUCGCUCCCGUAGUCCUGAUCGUCGUUAUCGUUCUCGCAGUCCUCCCCGUGAUGAUCGUCGUUAUCGCUCGCGUAGUCCCUCUCGUGAUGAUCGUCGUAAUGACCAUUCCAAAUCAGAUCGUUACCGAGAUGACCGUCGUUAUGGUGACAGGAAGGAAUAUUCUGAUCGUAACGACCGCUCAGUUGAAUCACGGAGUGCUAGAGGCACUUUGGAUUAUCCGCCUACAAAGACAGAUGAUAGACGAAGUCGCCGUGAUGAGCGCAGUAAAUGA